AUUUUAUUUAUACUUUUAUACUUCCUGGUCCUUGAUAUCACCUCUUGAAUCAGGUCAAGACUUAAAUGGCAUCAUGCAGCACAGUUGCAUGUGGUGUUUGUGACUCUCAGCACACGACAACAAAUGCUGACUACUGGUGUCCUGAGUGUGACGAAGGGCUGUGCUCCCAAUGUCUGAAGUAUCACAAUGCAUCGAAAGCCUUGCGUAACCAUGAUGUUAUAUCUGUCGACAACUAUAAACAAUUACCUCCCUCGAUAGCCAAUAUAUCGACAUACUGUACACAGCAUGAAAGAAAAUUCCAAAAUUAUUGUUCGCAGCAUGCAAGUAUCUGUUGUCCGCAGUGUGUUCAAUCCAACCAUGCUAAUUGUGUUGGGAUAUUAUCGCUGGAGAAUGUCAUACAGACAGCAAAGACUUCUGUCUUGUUGGAAACAAUUGAUCAGAAUCUGAGAGAUAUCAAAAUAAAUAUCGAAAGAGUUGUAAAAGAUAGGACACAAAAUCUUGUUGAAAUCAAGAAACAAAAGCAGAAAUUUCAUGAUGAAAUAAAACAGGUCCGUAACCAAAUUAACGAGCACCUUGACAACCUAGAACAACAGAUUCUUCAGGAUCUACAUGCAGCAGAAGACAAAAUAAAAUCACAAAUAAAUGACCUACUAGGAAAACUUACUGAACAUAUGGAAAAGUUGGAUCUAUUACAAACUAAUAUGUCAGCUUUGAGAGAAUAUGCGUCAGACCUACAGACAUUUCUUGGAAGUAAAAUGAUUGAAACCGAAAUUAAGAAACAUGAAUUAUCUAUGCAGUCGUUAUAUAAGGACGAUUGUUUACAGAAGAUUGAUUUGAAUUGUAAAAUUGAAGACAAGAUAUCAGAUGUGUUGUCUACUGUUUCUUCAUUCGGUUCAAUAUCUGUUGAUGCAAGUUCUCCGUUGGUGGAAAUGCAGACAGACAAAGCGGAACAAGCACAGAUAAGAACAUUUAGUCAUGCACCACCUACGAGUAUCAAUGAUAUCAAAAUUACAUUAAAAAGUAAACUAGAUUUUUCUUUUGUCAUAGGUUGUGCUUUUUCUAGUAAUGGAGACAUCUUCAUGGUCAGCUACGAAAAGAAAUGUCUUCUGGUCUUAAAGGAAGUUGGAACAUUGCAAAGUAACAUACCUUUGUCAAAUCCAAACCCAGUAGAUGUUACUUGUAUCGAUGACAAGUCAGUCGCGGUUUCAUUUCCGCAUUCAAAACAAAUUCAAAUCAUCAACAUUUCAACAAAAACAAUUGAAAGAACGAUAAAAACAACCAGUAACUGUUUCGGUAUAUCUUAUAGAGAUGACUACUUAUAUUUUAAUACUGGCUCAGGUAUACAGAAAGUAAAUGUGUCAGGCAAUUGCUCUCCUACUUUUAUUAAAGAAGACACAAUGUCAUUCUUUUGUUUUAUAACAACAUCCACAGACAAGAUAUUUUAUACCAAUCCCUCCAACUCGACCGUUACUUGCUGCUCGUUGACUGGAGAGAAGAUGUGGGAAUACAAAGAUCAAUUAGUUUGUAAUUAUCCUCGAGGAAUAGCUGUAGACAAAACCUCAAACGUUUAUAUCGCUACAGUUAACAGUAGUAUAUUUGUUUUGUCGCCCGAUGGAAAAAAAGCAAGAAAGCUGAUUGCAAGUAAAGACCAACUAAGUAGUACUUAUGGACUCGCGUUUGAUGUAAAGAACGAACAUUUGUUGGUUGCGAAUGUUAAUGGGCCUAUAUUGUACAAACUCAAUUAGAACUCAAUUCUUAUUACGCGGUUUACAACUACAAACGAAACAGUGUAAAGAUACUAAAAUCGGCCUGAAAGGUUUUCAAAUGACAUCAUUUUCAAACAGAAUAUUAUGUGUUUCUUUGCCAGAUUAAUUGCUUUAAGCGAAACUAUUAUGUAUGGAAAUACACUUUUACACGUGAUUAGCUAAUUGCCCGAUUUUAUAAUUAAUGGUGAUUAUUUUUCAAUACGUCAAAAGGAGAAGAGUCAGUUAAACCUAUUUUUAUUUUGGUAUUUAGUUUCAAUAAAAAAAAAAGAUUGGUAAUUCUGUGAAUUUGAUUGUUUGGAAGUAUAUUACUCGCUAAUACCACAUUUUCUGUAUGUAGUUAAAACAUACACAGACUAUUUAUACUAGCAAAAAAAAAAAAAAAACUUGCUUUGUCAAGUUUUCCUGCAAAUAUAAACAUUAUUCCCUAAAAUUGACUUUUUGUUUUAAAAUUCGUAUUAUUGAAAAAAUUGUCAAUUAAAAAUUGAUAAAUUUGUAGAGACUUUUAAGAUAGCUACUACAAUAAACAAAUCAUUCUUUUU